AUGGACGUGGCCGACAUGUACGCCUUGCUGGUACAGGGGAACAGCGCCUUGGGCGGCGGCGGGUACCUGGCGGACCCGACGACGUGGGGCGCGUGGGCACACGAGGGGCACCGGCUGUGGGCGUCCAUGUCGGAGGAGUUCUGGGUGUAUGUGUACAAGGUGCGGCGGUGCCCGCAGCCGUGCAGCCACGACUGGACGGCCUGCCCCUACGCGCACAAGGGCGAGCGCGCACGCCGCCGCGACCCGCGCCGUUUCGCCUACGUCGCCGUCUCCUGCCCGGACUACCGCGCGCAAGCGCAGGCGCAGCUCGCCGCCGGAGGCGGGCAGCCGGCGCCGAGCUGCCGGCGCGGGCUCAAGUGCCGGUACGCGCACGGCGUGUUCGAGCUCUGGCUGCACCCCUCCCGGUUCCGCACGCGCAUGUGCGAGGCUGGCCGGCGCUGCCCGCGGCCGAUCUGCUUCUUCGCCCACUUGCCGGCGGAGCUCAGGGUCCACGACCACAUCGCCGCUGGCGCCCUGUCCCUUCCGAUGAUCUCCCUGCCGCCGUCGCCGCCUCGGCUACUCCAUCGUGCGCCUUCUCCUCCUCUGGCGUCGCCGCCGCCGACGGCUGUUUCACGUGGCCAGCUGUUCGAUGAUCUGACCCUGCAGUCCACGCACAAGCAGAACAGGCUUCGGCUGCUGAGCCUGUACUCUGCCGUCGCCGCCGACACCGUUUUUUCCUCCCCUGCCACCUCCGCCGCUGCUGUUGCUGCCACCGCUGCAGCUGCUUCUGCCGCCACCGUGCCGACCCUGAUGGCCUUACCGGCGGGCGGCGGCGAGGACGUGAAGGGCGUCCGUUGUGCGGAGGAGGAGGACUCUGUGAUGAACGACUACCAGUACCCGCACGUUGAUCUCAUCAUGGACCUGGUGAGCUAG